GAGAGAGACGCCAACAUGAUCCUGCUCUGCCUUCUGUUCACCCUGACCCUAGGUGCUGUGUCUCCUUCAGAUGGAUCUGAGGUCAAGCUUCAGCAAGGACACUGUGAGGUGGCCUGGUUCAAAUUCAACAACCGAUACUACAAGUACGUGUCCAUACAUAUGAACUGGACUGAUGCAGAGCUCUACUGUGUGUCACAGGGAGCCAACCUGGUGUCUAUUCACAGUCUGGAUGAACAGAAUUUCAUCAAAACCCUGAUCAAGAACUUUGACCAUGCUGAAGGAAGAACCUGGAUCGGACUGAGCGACCUCCACAAAGAAGGCAGCUGGAUGUGGUCUGAUGGUUCUGCAGUGAACUUUACAUUUUGGCUCCCAGGAGAGCCAAACAACAACUACGGAAGGGAAAACUGUGUUCAUAACAACUUUAUCACCCAUAAGAAAUGGAAUGAUGGAUAUUGUACUGACCAUUUUCCUUCUGUUUGUGCAUCUCGCAUAAUGUGUCCUCAGUGAUUGUUUAGUCUGAUUUAACUUGGUCACUGAUCACCUGAUGCUUGUUGAUGUGAAAUAGUCCUCAGCAAUAAAGACACAAUGCAAACUUC